AUGGUAGCGUGGAGGAUUGGUUGUUUAGGGUACGAGUUUGCAGUUUUUGGUUCAUCGUACCAUAUUGCAGAGUUUCUUGGUGUCUCUGGAUUGUGCGUCUUUUUUGUGUUCUUGGAACUACUGGGUGCUACUGUGUGGCGUGGUUCCUUAAAAUUAGUUUUUAUAAUGUUUAGAGUUUUUGCAACUUCUCAUGUUCUUGGUUCCGAGGUCGAACUAUAUCUAUCUAUCUAUAUAAAGCAGGGUCUCAGGAGGGUGAUGCGGCGCUUUCCCGUCUUCUGUGGCUUAACCAAUUCAACCUACGCAGAGCUGGCAAAGGUGUAUGAAAAAUACAAGGAUCAAGAGAUUCUUGCAUUUCCUUGCAACCAGUUUGAAUCACAGGAGCCGAGAACUAAUGAAGAAAUCGUAGAGUUUGCUUGCACUAAAUUCAAAGCUGAAUAUCACAUAUUCGACAAGGUAGAAGGGAUUGAAAUGACUGGUUUAGGGUUUUGA